ACAGCGGCAUUUUUUUGGAAAAGUGCUUAAAAACUGCAAUUUCUUAAUAAAAAGUGGUUUAAUAUUAUUUAGCCAUGUCUUUUAUGAACCCCGUGGAUAUGGUGGACGAAGACGCCGCAGACCUGCAGUUUCCCAAAGUGGAGCAGGUUCAGCGAUUCGCCUAUGCCCGCCAGGAUAGGAACACCAGGAGCUGCACGGUUCUUUAUAGACCAUACACUCUACACAGACAACUGGAGCAGCUGGAGGAACUGGCGCGGGAUGAGAGUAGCUCUGUGCCAGUGGCUUCUAACGACUCCAGUCGCUGUGCCACGUGUCGUUGCAGUCUCGCCGAGCCCUACAUCAAGUGCGCCGAGUGCCUGGACAUUGUGCUCUGCCUGCAGUGCUUCGCCCGCGGCAGGGAGGUCUCCUCGCACCGCAACAGUCAUGCCUACAUCAUAGUUCGCGACAGCAUCCAGGUUUUCGCCGAGGAACCUCAUUGGACGGCCCGCGAGGAGCGCAUUCUGCUGAAGACCCUGCGCACCCAGGGCUACGGGAACUGGGAGGCGGUGUCCCAGGCUCUGGAGCAGCGGCAUGAUCCCGCGGAGGUGCGACGCCACUACCACGAUUGCUACUUUGGGGGGAUAUUCGAGCGGCUACUCAAGCUGCAGCAUGCCAGGCACAGCUACCUGCCCGAGCGAAUGCCGUAUGUGUUUAAGAUGCGCAGUUUGGAUCCACCGCGACACGAUGACAUCGCCUCCAUGCAGUUCAAGCUAAGUGCCGGCUAUCGCUGUGCAAGGGGCGACUUUGAUACGCCCUACGACACCUCCGCGGAGAGUCUGCUGUCCAUAAUGGUGGAUCAUAGGGAUCACAGGGGCCGGGAUGAGGAUCAGGAGGCGGCGCAGAGCGAGGCGGAGCGCGGGGUAACCGAGGAACUGCAGCUGGGACUGGUGCGGGCAUACAACAAUCGAUUGAGAGAGCGUCAACGCCGCUACAAGAUCAUGCGGCAGCACGGACUGAUAAUGCCCAAUCGCACUGUCAGCUGGAUUUCCAAGUAUGUGAACGCCUUCGCCACCGAUGCUAGUUGCAUGCGCUUCCUGGGCUUCAUGCAGAUCUGCCCAGAUCCCAUUCAGUUCGACAUGCUGCUGGAGUCGCUGCGAUAUAACAGGGAGCUGCACACCUGGCUGCAUAAGCUCUACGAUCUGCGACAGAACGGUGUGCGCACUCUUUCGGGAGCGAAGCUGUAUGCCCGCCUCUACAAGGAGCGUCAGCAGGCGCAGCGGGAUUACGGCAGGCAUAAAAUGGAUUCCUUUGACUGGCAGCAUUUAGUGCAGCACUACGAGAGCAACCGAAAUGGAGAGCAUCUGCCAAUGGGCCUCAGUUCGAAGUUCUUUGGCAUGAACACUCGCCGCAAGGCAAGUCCCAUUGAGAUUGGAGGUAGGAAACGCACUCAUCCUUGUUUAAAACCGAAGUAAAAUAGUUAUUUCGUAUUUCCAGAUCUGCCUGGCUACUCCAAACUGGACGAAGGCGAGCGCAAGCUGUGCAGUGUAGCCCGUCUGGUUCCGCAAUCUUAUUUGGACUAUAAAAACCAACUCGUUUCGGAGCACACCAAACUCGGUUAUCUGCGACUGGCGGAUGCGCGUCGGCUCAUCAAAAUAGAUGUGAACAAAACGCGCCAGAUCUACGAUUUUCUGCUGGAACACGGCCAUAUUAGCAGGCCACCCUCCUACAGCUAACACUUAAUUCUUCUCCAUGUU